UUACGUACGCAAAGGAGGAGAGGGAGCCUCCACCGCCGCACGCUGAUUAACCAAAGUCAUCGAUACGUACCCCUCUCGUCUGUCAGUUAGUCUGCAGCAGUGGCAGGUACGGGACAUACAUUGCGACUGUGGUGCAGGGGUCCAUAUCUUUGAGUAUUCGUGCCGUCGUCGAACAGAAGAGACAAUAAGUGACCUUAGUCGUCAAUUUGCUGUUAUUUGACACAUUCGUAAGUAAUAUCCGGGGUGCUCUUACCUACCGACAAUUUGUUAUCAGAAAGUGGUUUACACGCAUCGUAAAAGUCCACCAGUCAAGCGUGAAACAAUUGUCGUGAGCAGGUCAAAUAGGUCGUCGUCUAAAUUUGAGUGCUGCCAAAAAAGAAAAACCGUAGGUCAAGUCGCGCUUUCUCCCCACUUUUCCCACCGUGGGCCGUUUUACCUGUUGGCUGACCUCUACUGCCAGUACAGACGUGAUCCGAGACACUCUGACCAAACUUUUUUCUGUGUUUUCAACCAAACAUCAUCGGCAUCGAAAUUUCUUUCCAAUUGGUUAUCGUUCCUCCGUUCGAAAUCAUGAAAUUACGGUGUUCUUUCCUCCUUGUGCUGGCUGCCACCACCGUCACUCUAGCGGCCGUGACAGAAACCAACGGCCGUUUUCAGCGUGUGACCCAAUUGAUUGAAAGAGUCAAGAGACAAAGUGUCGAUGAAGAGGUAGCUGUAACAAUCUCCAGUAAUGUCACCGAGGAUGUCCAGCAGCAUCGGGAUGGACGUGGAUUGGGAAGCACUCUUCUUCAGCUGGGCAAAUUGACGUUGACUCACUUGUUGCCUCUGGCCACUGGACAAUCGACCCAGUCCAGCAGUUCUCAAUCUGGGACAACAUCAGAAAAGAUAAGCUCUGGAAACAGCGUUGAAAUUGCUCUGCCCAGCAGUACAGACUCGCCUAAAAUUCAGACAUCUUCAUCGUCUUCAUCAUCAUCGACGCGGCCGUGCACAACACCAGAUGGGAACAGAGGACAGUGUCGUGAUUUAGGCAGUUGCCCAGCCUUGUUGCUUCAGCUGGACAGUUUGCGCAAGUCGAUUUGUUUCCAGAGUCUGUUCGUUCCUGGUGUCUGCUGUCCCGAAUCCAAACCUGGCAACGCCCUCGUCACAAUCAUCAACCAAUUGGCAGGCGGCAGUAACAACAACAACAAUAAUAACAAUAGGGUUACCACCACAACAACCAAACGACCUACAACAAUCGAUUACAAUUCGCUCACCUCUCCAGUGACUUUUGCUCCGACCACGACUCGUCCGUUUGAAACGUUUCUUCAACACAACAAUCCAAUCAUCAACACAGGCUCGCAAUCUCAGGGCAUACAACCGAAAGCUCGUUGUGGUCAAGUGCAAGUCUCUUCCUUUCGAGUUGUUGGUGGUGAGUUGUCCCAACCGGGAGCUUGGCCUUGGAUGACGGCUAUUUACCUGAAUGGCCCGAAAGGCACUGAAUUCUGGUGCGGUGGUACUCUCAUUAACGAACGGUUUAUCAUGACGGCUGCCCACUGUACCCUUGACGGUCGUCAAAAAAGAUUCCGGGCGUCGCAGUACACUGCUCGAUUCGGCGAGUACAACCUUCGCGUGACAGAUCCUGGUGAGAGCGAGAUAUUUCAAAUCAGCGAAAUCCGGAUUCAUCCGCAAUUCACCGGGACGGGUUUCUACAACGAUUUGGCUCUCUUCAAACUGGAACGACCCGUCAGUUUCUCCGAUUACAUCCAACCUAUUUGCCUGCCUUCUAAUUCGCAGCGGACCGAGAGUUUUAUUGGUCAGGUACCCACCAUCGUCGGAUGGGGAACAACGUAUUACGGUGGGAGAGAAAGCACAGUGCUGCGGGAAGUACAAUUGCCCGUGUGGCGCAACGAUGACUGCGACAGGGCUUACUUGCAGCCCAUCACUGACGUCUUUAUUUGUGCUGGAUACGCGGAUGGAGGCAAAGAUGCCUGUCAGGGUGAUUCCGGUGGACCUUUGAUGUUACAGAAUGGAGGCACCUGGACUCAGGUUGGUAUAGUGUCAUUCGGCAAUAAGUGCGCAGAGCCCGGUUUUCCAGGCGUUUACACUCGCAUCACCCACUUUCUCGACUGGAUCAACACCAAUGCUGUUUGAACCAUUUUAACUCAAUGAACCCAGCACUGGUUUGCAGCCACAAAGAGGGGAAGAAAAAAACAAAAAACAAAACACCUUUUCUCUUUUAAUUUGUUAAUUUGCUAAUUUUAAUUACUUAAAAAAAAGAAAGAUUCAAGGACUUUGACAGUAAGAACAAAAAUAUUCUCUUAGAAAAAAAUUUUUUUUUUCGCAUAAAUUUCGUCUGUUAAGCCAAGCGUGCCUAUCGCUUAGAAUGCAAUCACGCUCGCUCACGUCGCACGGAUUUUGGAGCCGAGACGAAUUGUGUUAAAAAAAGAAAUUCUGCUGCGCAGAUUGAAUUCCUUCCCAAUUUUAAUAUAAGAAUAUGUAUUGUGCCUCUAUUAAAUGACCAAAAUUAAUUGAAAAGAGAUUCGACUUUUAUAUGGCUAACCGGUGUGUUAUCCCCCCCAUCGUUUUGCGUAUGUUCCCCUUCCGUCUCACGCCCUUAAUUCCUUACGACUCCCACACGGACGAAGAAAUCACGACGCCCUAUAUGUAGUUAUUAUUUUUUUUUUUUUACUAGACAACGAAAGCAACAAAAGAGAAAUGUGUGCGUUUCAAGUGAAAUCAAACGAAAUACAUAUUUCACUAAUUUAUUCUUAAAUAAAUAUACGUGUCCCACACUG